AGCGGACAGGUCCGCCCCGCCGCUCCUCCCGGUCGCCUCUAUCCCGGAAGUUGAUGCCGAGCGCAGAUCGCGUGCAGCUUGUUAGGGGUGGCGGCUGAGAGGUCUGGAAGGGCUGGGCUUGCGAGAGGAUCAACAUGCCUCUGGCUAGAGAUUUAUUACAUCCGUCCUUGGAAGAGGAAAAGAAAAAACAUAAAAAGAAACGCUUAGUGCAAAGUCCAAAUUCUUACUUUAUGGAUGUAAAAUGUCCAGGUUGCUACAAGAUCACCACGGUUUUCAGCCAUGCUCAGACAGUGGUUCUUUGUGUAGGUUGUUCAACAGUGUUGUGCCAGCCUACAGGAGGAAAGGCCAGACUCACAGAAGGGCACGGAUUGAAAAAUUUGACAAAGAUGAAUACAGGACCUAGAGAUCAGAAGUCAGAAAGACAUAAGGAGAUGAAAUGGAUCUGUUAUGGAGAGGCGCCCUCCUUCUACUUCAACCAACUCUGAGAUAUCCUUCUAUUUACUUGUAUACAGCAUUAAGUGAAGAAACACAUUUAGGGCUGAGAAUUACAGAAAAGUCCUUUUAUUAGAGUGUAUAAAAACUUUGAUUUCUCUCUGAAUUUUUCAGAGUUCAGUGGCACACUGGCAAUGUCUAGUACACAUGAUCUAUGGCUGUUGGAACAGAACUCCCCAAUAUGUUAACACUGCAGCCUCCAAAAUGGCUCCCAGUGAUCCCCACCUUCUGGUAUCCACUCCUUGGCGCAGGCCUCUCCCACAUCAAAUCAGGGUUGGUUUCUGUAACCAACACAAUUUGGCAUAAAUGAUGGCAUAUAACUUCCAAGGCUGAAUUACAAAAGACAUUGAGGUGUUUGCCUGUUUCUUCAAUCCCCUGCUCUGAAGGGAAGCCAGAGCACAGGCAAGCAGACCUAUGGAGAGGGCCACGUGGUGAGAAACUGAAACCUCUUGGCCAAAGCCGGGAAGUCACAAAGACCUGUUGCCUAUAGCCACAUGGGUGAAUCAUUUUGGAAUCAGAUUCUCCAGCCCCAGUUGAUCCUUCCCUCAGAUGCCUGAAGCCCCUGCUUACAUCUUGUCUGCAAACUCAUGAGAGCCCUUGAGCUAGAAACACCCAGCAGAGCUGUCCCCAAAUUUCUGAAACAGAAACUGUGAGACAAUACGCUUUGGGGUAAUUUGGUAUGCAGUAAUAGAUCCCUAACACACAUUAUACUACAGAAAAAAGCUCAGACUUUUACACUAUAGACACAGAAGGCCAGAUAUGGUAUGAUUCCAUUUAUAUGAAACAUUCGUAACAGGCAAAUCCAAAGAGAUAGAAAGUAGUUAGCUGAUUACCAGGGGCUGGAGGAACAGAGAAAUGGAGAGCAAAUGCUAAUGAGUACGAGGUUUCUUCUUGGAGUGAAAACGAAUUGGAUAGUGGUAAUGGGUGCAUAAUCUCGUGAAAAUACUAAAAACCACUGAAUUGUACAUGUUAAAGAAUUUUAUGGCAUAUGGACUGUGAAUUAUAUCUGAAUUAUA